AUGCCGUGCUUGAAGGUGCUCACAAAUCUACCAAACAGCAAAAUUCCCAAUGAUUUUGUCAAUAAAAUCGUGCCCGUGCUCUCCAAAUCCGUGAGGAAGCCAGAACAAAACUUCAUAGUCGUCAUAUCUGGAGAAUGUCGCUUGUCAUUCGGUGGAGCAUCAACGGAAUAUGGGGCAGUGGCGUCGAUAGAAUCGAUUGGAAAUUUAGGGCCCGAUGAUAACAAAGUCAUAACUAAGGAAGUCACCGCUUUUAUUAACAAAGAGCUGGGUAUAAAACCAAAUAACUUCUUCCUCACGUUUUACGACCUCGCAGCUUAUAACGUCGCUAAGAAUGGGGACACUAUUGGUUAA